AUGAGUAGGAGCCUCAGCUGGUGUGAGCAGCUGGAUGUGCUUCUCAACACUACUGAUGGAAAUGUGGCCCGGAUUAAGGGACUCUCAGAGCUCAUUGACCUGUGCAACUGUUUCUUUUGUAGCAGUGGCUGUAUCCUCUUGGGGUCUCCACCUCAGAAUAGCACUGCUGUCACUCCUACAGUGCUGUGGAAGGAGUCAGAGAUUAUGCAGAAGGAAUUGAAGUUGCUGCAGUACCAGCUGAGACCUCCAUACAUGUUCUCCAAUCUAAGCUGCCUCUGGCCACUACCUUCACCAUGUCUGUUUCUUCAUCUAGUUUUGAAUUCAGUCUUCUGGACAGUAACAGUAGCUGGGAACUUUUAUGGAAGCCAGAUCCCCAGAGGAGCACCCUUUCUAUACUGGAGCCCAGCAGCUUUCAGCUCCAUGCCCAGAGUCUUAAGCAAGAGGGCCUAUUCCUUUGGGGCCUCAAGAUGCUCCUGAAUGACUUGUAAGGACUCGUUAAGAGUAGUGGGAUGAAGGCUUCUCUGCCCACCCUCCCCUCCAAGGCCGUGUUUCUGGACUGCCUGCCUCUACCCUCUUGAUGUAGCUAUUAUCUGUCCUCUCUACUGAGGCUUUUCACUGCUUGCCCAUCCUUGUCGCCCGGCUUCAGUAAAAUGGUUUAACUCUCCCUGAUGUGUUUUCUGUGAGUCAGCACCCACAUGGGAUAGAAUCAGCUGUACCUGUUUAUCUUUCUGUUACUUUGAAGUGCUUUCUAUGACCUCUACCCCUGAAAUCCAAGUUCAUAGACAUUUA